AUGAGGCAUCCGCUGCCAGGUGCAGGUGUUCGCACCUGGAAAAUGGUUAGUCCAGUUAAGUAUGAGAAUGAAGCUAGUAAAUAUUGGAACACAUUUUAUAAGAUUCAUAAGAAUAAGUUUUUCAAGGAUCGUAAUUGGCUGUUGAGGGAAUUUCCUGAAAUUAUUCCGGUUGAUCAAAAAACUGAACAGAAGUUGCAGGAAUUAUCAUGGGAUCAUGCAAAAACUAGUGCUGCAGAUGGUUUCUCAAGAAGGCACUGCCCUACUAUGCCUGAAGAAAACAAUCAUAAGAAAAGUUGUGGUUCAUCACGUAGUCAAAGCAAAGUGGGAUCACAUUUUUCCAACCUAGAAUCUAAAGAAAACAGAAAAGGACCUCUGAAGACAGAAUUGUUUCCUGGUAGCAACGCCACUUUCAGAAUCCUAGAGGUUGGCUGUGGAGCUGGAAAUAGUGUUUUUCCAAUUUUGAACACUUUACAGAAUGUUCCAGAAUCCUUUCUUUACUGUUGUGAUUUUGCUUCCAGAGCUGUGGAGCUAGUAAAGUUGCACUCGUCCUACAGAGCAGCCCAGUGUUGUGCCUUUGUUCAUGACAUCUGUGAUGAGGGCUUACCUUACCCUUUCCCAGAUGGGAUACUGGACGUCAUUCUCCUUGUCUUUGUGCUCUCUUCCAUUCAUCCUGACAGGAUGCAAGGCGUUGUAAACCGACUGUCCAACUUACUGAAACCUGGAGGAGUGCUAUUAUUUCGGGAUUAUGGAAGAUAUGAUAAGACUCAGCUUCGUUUUAAAAGGGGACAUUGCUUAUCUGAAAAUUUUUAUGUUCGAGGAGAUGGUACCAGAGUAUAUUUCUUUACAAAAGGGGAAGUCCACAAUAUGUUCUGCAAGGCUGGGUUAGACGAGAAGCAAAAUCUGGUUGAUCGUCGUUUACAAGUGAAUAGGAAAAAACAAGUGAAAAUGCACCGAGUGUGGGUUCAAGGCAAAUUCCAGAAACCAUUACACUUGACUCAAAAAACCUCCAAGUUGGGAUUUUCACUCCUUUCUCAUGGCUGAAUCAUGAGGAUUACACUGUACAAAGACUUCUGUAGAUCUUUCAUUUUUGAAAGGACAACCAGAAGAAAAGAGAAUUUGUAUAUCCUGCUGUUUAUCAUGGGUGAGCUCUUUUGUUUAAGCACUCGUAAAUGAUUUGGAAGAGUGUACCAUAUUCUGUGUUUUCAAAGCUUAAUGUGCUCAAGCUUGUUUGUGUUUAUGUCUAACCAUUUUGUUUGUUCUCUGAAAUUUAUAAGCUUUCAAUUAAAUUACUGCUAUAAGUCAGAUGAUUCUGAGAAACCAUACCCUGCCAUUUUUUAGAAGUGCAAAAAAAACCAUUUGUUUAUGUGUUAGUCUAAUAUAGUUAAACUCUCUUCCUCUCUUAUCUGAUAGCAGAGAGACAGUACUCCUUGUUUCCCCCGCAAGUCACAAGGCCUAGGUGAAUUUUUUUGUUUUCUCCUUUUCUGUUUACCCCAAAACUUUUUU